AGUAUCCAGGUGCUCAACGGUGCCAUUUGGGGUAAAGUAGUUGGUCGCGUAGUAGGCUCUGCACAAGAGCUGAUCCUCUUUGAUGGAGAGACCAUUGUUCAGGUCUCUGGAAAAUACCACAGCAACUAUGUCUAUCAGAUAUAUGUUGUGACCUCCAGAGGGCGCUUUCUGGUCGCCGGCCAGCCAACAGCUAUGUCCUUUAACUUCUACCCAGCAGACCCGAAAGCUGAGCUCAUACUGCUCAGUGGCCGCUUCAAUAGUGCAGGGAUUACUUCAUUGGGUGCUCACUGGGAUGUC